GCCACCAGAAAAGCUAUCUGAACAUUAGACACAUUUCUUUCUUACAGUUCUGUAAUACACACUGAAUGCGGUUUGCGAAUAUUUGUAUUUUAGCGCUGCUGAAGUGGCAAAUAUGGUCUACAAAUGCGACCAUUUGCCUGUGCGUUGACGGUUCUACGUCGACUGAGGUAUAUUCCCAACCAGACCUCCAAUCUGACGUUAUUGGUUACCUUGACAGCGGUGAAUGUUUCUAUGGAUAUCACAUUGAAGGCAAUGAUUGGGUCACAGUUAUUGAUGCAGCAAUGGAAAUGUACAUCAAACGGGGUUUCUUAUCAACUUGCGACACGAUGACGAUUCCCAAUCAAGAUAUACACGACAACCUAAAACUUCCGCAAGAAAAACAAGUGUUGGGAAAUCUUGGUCAAGUCGUGCGAGGUGUUAGAGACAAACGGUUUCUAUUAGGUCCUGUCCAUAAGGAAUAAAUUUCAAUAAUAAGUAAUUGUUAUAUAACUAGAAUUUAAAGACGUUUCUUUUGUUAAAUGUUUUUUUUAAUUCACGUGUUAUGGUGAUCUAUUAGACGCAUACUAAGUUUGUCGAAAUUUUACUGAUUAUUAGUAGCAUACAAUAAAUAAUGCUGGAACUUUAUGUGAUGUACUAAACCAAACCAAACGUAUCGUUACCUCAAAUAAGAAUCGUUGCAUGCACACAGUAUAUUUGUUUUUUUGUUGUAGUAGCACAUUCGUUUGACGAUAUAACGACAUGUGCGUUAUUCAGAUACGAGUAGUCUUAACCAAGCGCAGUGCAACUUCGAUCUGUCCUCACUGUGUCUUAACCAAGCGCAGUGCAACUUCGAUCUGUCCUCACUGUGUCUUAACCAAGCGCAGUGCAACUUCGAUCUGUCCUCACUGUGUCUUAACCAAGCGCAGUGCAACUUCGAUCUGUCCUCACUGUGUCUUAACCAAGCGCAGUGCAACUUCGAUCUGUCCUCACUGUGUCUUAACCAAGCGCAGUGCAACUUCGAUCUGUCCUCACUGUGUUCCUGGAGAAACGUCCAUGGUAGCGAUGACUUUGAUUGGGUUCUGUACCAGUCCUCCACUCCAACGGACGAUACUGGACCUGAUAACGACCAUACCUUGAGAAAUGCGACAGGGAAGUAUGUUUUCAUUGAGUCAAGCGCACCGAGAAGUAUGUUCGACUCAGCUUGGAUAUAGAGUCCGGUUAUCGAGGCUACCGGCCAUCUCGUACACUGUUUCCGGUUUUGGUACCACAUGUAUGGAACAUCUACAGGCCGACUGGACGUUUACCAAGCGUCGGGGCCAUUUGUUCCUGGACACCUGAUGUGGUCACUGAAAGGGGACCAAGGCAAUUCUUGGUUUCAAGCUCAGAUUGCCCUUGAGUCCGUCCAAAAUUAUUCCAUUAUCAUCGUGGGAUUUGUUGGCAACGGUUACCUAGGAGAUAUCGCUGUUGAUGACGUCAGCCUCUCCGAUGGAUACUGUGACGUCAUACCACCUAGCGCAUCAAGAUCUGAAGUGUCUAACUCGACAUUGGCCAGAGUUGACGGUGAAUGGCAUGCAUGGUUGCAUUGGGCAACGUGUGACGUCACAUGCGGUGCGGGAACACAACUUAGAACGAGAGAAUGCUAUUUUCCACCCAGAGCUACGAAAGGAAAUGCUUGCCAGGGAAUCGCAUCUGAAUCCCGUACUUGUCAUAACGAAAUAUGCCAUGUUUGCCCUGAAACGACCACCAACAAGGCUCCCGCUGAAACGGCCACAGUGUGUUCCAUUGUACAAAAUGUCUUCUGUAGCAAACUCGAUUCCAUUUCAUGCACGGGGGGUUUAAAUUUCAUCUGUGGGUCUGACGGAAAUUUCUAUCCAAACGAGUGCGAAAUUUCGAAAGCCAUGUGUCAUGACGCCACACUGACGAUCCUUACCAACAUAACCAAGUGCCAGGCAAACGUGGGUGGAUAUCUAGCAUCGACCACCACCAAGGCUCCCGCUACAACGGACACAAUGUGUUCCAUUGUGCAAAAUGUGUUCUGUAACUAUAGCGAUUCCAUUUUAUGCAAUACGGGUUUCAACGUCCUCUGUGGGUCAGACGGAACGUAUUAUCCAAAUCCGUGCGAAAUUUCAAAAGCCAGGUGUCAUGACGCCACACUGACGAUCCUUACCAACAUAACCAAGUGCCGGGCAAACGUGGGUGGAAAUCUAGCAACGACCACCACCAAGGCUCCCGCUACAACGGACACAAUGUGUCCCAUUGUGCAAAAUUUGUUCUGCAACAAUGUCGAUUCCAUUUCAUGCGUGAGGGGUCUCGACAACAUCUGUGGGUCAGACGGACAGUAUUAUCCAAAUCAGUGCGAAGUUUCGAAAGCCUGGUGUCAUGACGCCACACUGACGAUCCUUACCAACAUAACCAAGUGCCAGGCAAACGUGGGUUGAGGAAAGUAGACGUUGUGAUAUGUAUAAUAAAGCUCUUUGAUGCA